UGUUAUUAUUACUAUUAUUACUGUGAUCCUCUUCCUCCUCCCCUUCCUCCCGCUGCCCCGCCAGCCGCCGCGGUGCUGCCGGACCCGGCUCCGCUGCUGCCUGCACCGCUGCCCGCUCCUGCCCGGCCCGGGCGCACAGGGCUUCCAGACCCUCCCCAUGGCCAUGCAGCGCUGCUUGUCCUGGCCGCCCACCCUGGGGCCAGCGUGACCGCAACAUCCUUAUUGUCCUUUUCCAGGUCCAACGCCUCCGUCACUGAACAGUUUGAUGGAGAAUUGGUCGGAUGACAGCGGGAACUGUUGUUAUCACCGGGGGAAUCCUAGCGACAGUGAUCCUACUGUGCAUCAUUGCCGUGCUCUGCUACUGUAGGCUACAGUACUACUGCUGCAAGAAAGAUGACUCCGAUGAGGAAGAGGAGGAGGAGGAGGAGGAAGAGGAAGAGCCCGACCUUCCCACGCACUCGCACCUCGGCCCAUGCAAUGCCUGCAACUCCCGGGUGGUGGAUGGCCAGGGCAGCCCCCCCAGUGAGCUCAACCACCACGGGGCUCACACCUACUGCCCGACCUGCUCCCCUUACGCCUCCCCCUUUUACAUCCGAACUGCCGACAUGGUGCGCAAUGGCGGGGAGAGGGUCACCUACACCCCCGCGUGCUACAAGGAGAUGGGGCCGCCCCUCAACAUGGCCACCCUGCAAGGCUACCCGGUGAGCCGGCACGGCCUCCUCCGCGAGGGCUUCCCAAACCCGCGGGCUGUCAGCACGGAGGUGUAGCCACCAUGGCCACUCACACGGGGUGUCCCCCAGCCAGCACCUGCUCCAAGGAAGGGGCUUUUCACUUGUCUUUGGCGGGGAGGGGGACCUGCAGAGAGGCCCCCCUAAGCCCACCCUAAGACCAGCAUGGUCCUCCUGCCGGACCGCCCAGCAUGGGCGAGAAGACAAGAGAGAUCUCCAAGGGCAGUGACAUCAAACCGGCCACCUCUGAACCCAUCAUAAGUGUCAUUAUUAUUCUACUCUAUCUCCUGACGGGACUUGUCUAACGAGGGCUAUGUACAGUACAACCUAAUUUAAUUACUCCUGACUCCCCAAGCCCAGAGCGAGGUCUUAGGUGUCCCCAUGCAGCCACCCGAGGAGAUGCCUGUCCCACCACCUCCGGCGUGACCAGUUGCCACCGCUGAGCGGGGAACGGCAGCGCUCCUUGGCAAUGGGAAAGCCACGAAGGGAAGAUCGGGAUCGUCCUUCUCCCCUCGCACCGCGUUAGUUGCUGCUAGCAGUUAGCUUUUGUGUUCGAGUGUAAGAUAAGACACUGUCUCCCACCCGCUUCGGUCUUUGCACGCGCUGGAGAAGUUCGAGACGUGAAUUUAGAUCACGGGCGAGGGGAGGAAAAGUUGCUCGUGAAACUGCUCACCCAUGCAAAUGGGCACAGGCUGAUGGUUCUGCGGCCAGAGCCCCCACCUCUCCUACUCUUCACAAGCUUUCUAAGGAGCUAUUUUAACUUCAACCCAUUAAAAAAUGGCAGGAUUUUACUUAUGGGAAGAAUUGCAUCAGUAAAUAACUGCAGUUUUGGUCACCUUUGGUGUUGGAAGCUUGACGCAGCCCACCCUGACAGCUCCGCACAACCAGAGGAAGGCUGGCUUUGGGGUGGCUUUUGCUUUCAACGGCAGCACCAGAGGCCACCUGGUCACAUCUCCUCCUUCGCAGGGCCCACAACCUCCCAUGAGAGAGUGAUGCUUGGGUGGUCAACCUUCCCCUUUUUUUAGCUUUCAGAAGAAGAGGGUGCAAGGCCCAAACCUGGGUUCACCAGUUCUGUGGCUGGUGACGACAGCCAGUGACUCUGCCUUUCUGCAAAAUGAAUGUGGGAAAGUUCUUCCUUCCUCCAUAAAUCAAAUUAAGUGAAAAAUUACUACAAGGACAUCUUCGUCAUUCGCAGGCACUUCCAUAGCAACCGGUGCAGGACCACUGGGCUGAGCGCUUCCCAUCCGUGGCAGGGAGGAGGGACCUGGACGGUGACGAUGCCCACGGCCAUGUGUUGGAGGUGAUGGCAGGAAACGCUUGCCGUGCCUUUGCAGUAUAGGGUGCGACUGCUCAGAAAUGUGAGUGGUGGGUUUACUUGUUUUUAUUUUUACUGCCACAAUUUAGAAAUCAUGCUGCUGCCCGCAGAAGGAUUUGGACUUCACCUCCCCCGUUCAUGCACAGAAAAAGUAGGUCUUGGCAUAGAGGCGCAUGCUACAUGAGCCCAGAGUGUCUACAUUAUCAGGCAAAAGGCUAAUUUACACUUUGGACCUGCUCCUGCCUUGGCACCUCUGCUCAAACUGCGCAAAGAAAAGGAGCCGGACAAAUGCUAAACGUGGUGAUGGUCCUUGUAAGCAAACACCUUGCCCCAACCUGCAUUUUACACAGCCUUUUGAGCAAAUGUUAUGCACCAUCUCCCCCACCCAUAUUGCCAUUAUCGGAGACUCAGACUAGCUGCAGCUCUUUCGGAGAGUCUCCUUCCAUUCUCCAACUAGUGAUAGCAGGUUUUAAAUGUCCUCUCAUGUUAAAGGCAGGCAGGAGAGAAGACAAAUUAGCAGCAGCAAAGCUCUCUGGAUCCCACUGGCUGAAUGCUCCUACUGCUUCCCAUCUAGCCAGUACUCCUCCCUGAAAAUGUAAGUCUGUAACUUGAAAAAAAUCUUGGCUAACUCAGUAAAUCCCAUCCUUUCUGGUGAAAGGAAGGCAUCCACUUUGUCAUCUUCAUCCUAUAGCAAAUUAAGCGUGACCUGUUGCCAGCUAACGAGGUGCCAAGGCUGGCGAGGCAGUUCCUGAGUAGCUGAAUGGCUAAGAUGAGGGUUGGCCUCAGAGCCAACACAGUGCCUUGUCUGGCACAGCUACAGUGAAACGGGUGAGUCUGCAAGGCUGGAAACACAGGAGAUGCAGCUGUGGGUCAGAAGGUUUUGGGGAUGGUGGAGGAAGAGGAAGGGUAGUGGCAGGGAUCACAGGUUUGUUCUACUUCAGAUUCCUUCUGUUACUAUUCUCUGCCUUUGCUCAGCUAUGGGUUCAAAUUCAAUGUCAGAAAUAAAUGAGGACUUUGAAAUACAAAA